GUAUUUGUGGAGUCCGGGAAAAAAUGCCCCGAAUUUGCUUCACUUUUGACCUUAAAUGUAAUGUCACCUGAUCAAAAACUUCCUUCAUGCUUGCACCCUCAUUGCUCGACUCAACCCUCCUGCUUGAUUGCUCGUCACGUUUUUCUGCAUCAGAGUGGGAUGCAGAGUUCAGUGAGGAUCUUAGCGCACGGCGACUCCUCUAGCUCUGGUUUCUUUUUCUUUUUUUUUAAGCUCAAGAAACGAUGGAGCCCAGUCUGCUGGAAGCGACUUGGAUAGAGAGGAUGUGUCAUUAAUAACAAGGCGAACAUUUACCGGAAGUUUUCUGAGGUGUUCUUUGUGAAUGACUACAGUGGGAUGGGACUCGAUCACUUCAUGUGUCUGCUGCUCUGUGCAGCUGCCCUGACAGUUUCUGGAGUUUAUGAUAAAGGUGAGAACAGCGAGGCAUACUGGUGGACAAGGCAGGGCCUCCCGGUGCUGCUGGACACACACACAGUACCUUUAAACUCUCCUUUGUUCAGAGGGCAGCAGAAGAUUGAGCAGAGAGGAGGGACAAAUCCCAUCUGUGGAAUAGAGUGCCGAAGCAUCCAACCACCCAUGGACUGGACAGAGCAAGAAAGGAUUCUGGGAUAUGAGACAAUGUAUGAGAAUGGGACUCGCACGCAUACAGAUGUCAGUUUGCAAGGUUUUAAUAAGACGUCCGCAGAAACACCAGCCCACUCAGCAGCUCGUACCCGCACGAAACGGCAGGUUUAUGGAGCAGAUGAACGUUUUGUGAUCACUGACUCACAUUUCAUCACCAACUACCCUUUUUCUACUGCUGUUCGUCUCUCCACAGGCUGCUCUGGAGUCCUGAUAUCUCCAAAACAUGUGCUAACAGCAGCACAUUGCAUCCAUGAUGGUAGAGACUACCUAGAGAGUGCCAGAAGGGUUAGAGUAGGAGUGUUACAGCUAAAGGCUAAAAGAAGAAGAGGAGGUAGGAGAAGAGGAGGGCUUCAGAGGGGUGCUAGGAGAGGAGAGGGGGAGAGAGGUGAAGGGCAGAUUGUGGAGGAAGGUGAGGAGCGGAAUGGUGUAGUUGAAGAUGUAGUGGGAAGGAGGAGGGGAGGCAAAGGCAGGAGACUCAGGGGAAGAAAAAAGGAUGAGGAGCGUUUAGCUGAUCAUGGAAAUAUAGAUGCGCUGGAGAGGGGACGAGGACGCAAACAAAAAAGUCGCAACCGUAUACAUCGCAGUGCUGAACCCAAGAAGAAGCCUGGCUUCCGUUGGGCUCGAGUCAAGCAAACCCAUAUUCCUCAAGGCUGGAUCCAAACCAAGGGAUCCACCAAUUCAGUGUCCACUGACUACGAUUACGCCGUUCUGGAGCUGAAACGACCCACCGAACAAAAGUACAUGGAGCUUGGGGUAGCACCUGCUGCUGCUCCCCUGGCACGGAUCCACUUCUCAGGCUAUGACACUGACAAAAGCCUGUCGGACGGGCGUGGAGAAGAGAAGGUGGUUUACCGCUUUUGUUCGGUCACAAACGAGUCUGACGAUUUGCUAUACCAGCAAUGUGACGCACAGACAGGUGCUACAGGUGCAGGUGUUUACAUUCGUCUGAGGCAGGAAGCGGGAGUUGCAGGCAGGAAAGGGAAGUGGCAGCGUAGAGUGAUUGGGGUGUUUUCAGGUCAUCAGUGGGUGGAGGUGGAAGGAGGUGAACAGAGGGACUUUAAUGUUGCAGUGAGGAUUACUCCACUGAAAUAUGCCCAGAUAUGUCACUGGCUUCAUGGAGAUCCUAGUCAUUGUAAAGAGGUUUGACUGCAAAACAAUGGAUCUACAUGAUAUAAAACCUGUUGCUUAGCAUCACAGUGACUCAAAGAUCUGGGUCUGUAUGUUUAAAACUUCUUAAGAAUGUCACUGAAGCUUUGUAUAAAGACACUAACAUUUAAUAAAGUAAAUCCUAAGCGCAGACUGUAGCGUUGUCAAUUGACAACUAUGUGUCUACCCAAAAUGCUUUUUCUCAAGCACUUGAACAGCCAAUAGCAUGCCUCCAAAGGUUAUGCAUCAUGGCUGCAGAUCAGUUCAUACACACCUUUUCGUGAUUAGCCCUACCUAUCAUUCAUUGUGUUCAACAUCAUAAAUGCUUCAGUAUAUUGCAGCAUGCAAGACAAAAGCUCACCCAGACCCACUCAAACCUUUACUGAACGCACAGAAAGUGAAAUAUUUUGUGUGGCAGUGAAUCCUAACAACAUCAGAAUGUUCUGAACCUAUGCUUACAGAAAUUUUCUCUAGUUGGUUCUCUUAGAAUUUGAACUUUUUCUCUGUAUCUCACUCUUCAGCCUGCUUCGUCUUAGAUCUUCACUUGUUGACUCAAGUGACAGCGUUUGAGGAAAAAUCUUCAUACAACUUAUCUUACAUAUGCAGCAUUAAACCCAAGCAUAUGUAAACAGACUUUGAUGUGUAAAAUCUGUGUUCCUCUUUAAAAAGUCUACUGCCAUAAUCAAUUUAAUUUGCAAUUUAUAUGUUUUUGUCUUUCAAACUAUCCCAAAUUCAUAUAUUUCACUGCUCAGCUAAUGUAUUUAUUAUUGCAUUUUUUAAUAUAAAUGAGCAUAAUAUGUUUUUUUUAAUUAUGCUGAAACCAUCCUGUCAUGAACUUUUCAUGUUGUAGACAUGUGUGGGUAUUAGGACAGAUGUACCUUUUGUUAAUUUAUCAUCAUGAAAUUCCAAAUGGAAAGUGUUUAGCCACUGCCUCUGCUCGACACUCCUAACUUACCUGAGUCCUGAGAGACCUAACACUUAGUUUUGUUAAUCUAUGGUACUCCACUGUAAGAGUGAUAGCAAAAUUAUAUGUCAUAUUUCAAAUUUUGAAACAUUUAAGAAUUUUACAAUAUUUUGGUGAGUUUUUCAACUGAAAGAAUUUCAGUGUCAGCUAAUUUAUUUUGAAACUGUAAUAAUGUAAAGAAAAGACACAACUCCAUUUUUUCCUCCUGUUCUGUUUACGUUCACAUAAGUAAAACUGGUGGUAGCUUUUUGGUCCUCGUUUCACACAACAAUUAAUACUUGCUCUACACAAAACUUUCUUAAUUUCAAAAUCUUGUAUUGUAAUUUUGUCUGUUGCAGUUUUCAUGCCACAAACACAUUUCCUUGUCAACAGAAAUAUUACAUGCUGAUAAGAAAUAAAAAUGUUGGGUUUUCAAACAAGCUGAAAGCAGAGAAGAGAUAAGUGAUGAGCAGUGAGGGUAGUUUGGAUCAGUGUAUUUGUCUUUUAUUGCAUCUCAUUUGGACUCACAUGCAG